AUGCUUCUCAGAUUGGCAGAAUCGACCACUGUGUGCCGCCGCGAGCAGCAACAAGUGUUUGGCGCGGCCCCUCCGCAGCAGCACUCAGUUGAGAAUCGAAGCUCGCCGCGCUCAAAGCGGAUCUGCGGGUGUGUCGUUGAACGCGGAUCUCACGUAUCACGUAUUGACUGCCGUGUCGCCGUGUCGUCUCCGUGGCUAUUCAAUAUACAAUUGACGAGCUCCGAGAGCUGCCUGGCUGCCUUGCUGCCUUGCUGCCUGGCUGCCUGGCUACGAUCUGCGGUUCAGUGUGUGAUGAAAGAGCUGCAAAAAAAUUUGGACAACGACGACGCGCUGUGCAUAGCUAAGGAUGAGCGGACUGGAGCUGUUGCAUAAAUGAAAGUGGAAAGCACACACACACAGAGACAGAGAGAGAGAGAGAGAGAGAGAGGAGAGUGACAGGACAGACAGAGAGAAUUGGAGUCUUCAUUCACUGAGGUUGCGGCCGGCCAUCGAUGAGGCGGAUACAAAGUCUAUGUCACAACGGAAAAUAAUUUAAAUGCUACGCGGCAGCAGCAAUUGAAGAGGCAACCCAACAAUUAACAAAGACAACUGCAACCAACGAUCAGCAGACU